AUGACGGUGAAUAUUCAAAACAAUGAAAAAAUGAAGUUCAAUAAGUCAGAAACUGAGUACAAUAUGAAAUCUGUAAGAUUUUUGUUGUUGACUAUAACUACGAUGUUUAUUUUAAUUUCAGGUCUCAUGAUCGUUCUGGGGAUAUCGGUCUACUCGCACUACCACAGCUUUUCGUUCUUUUACGAGAGCGCGAAGAGCGGAAAAUUCUUCACGCCAUCUAUCCUCUGCGUACUCUUGGGCUUGGUGCUUUUAGUGGUGACGCUUUUUGGAUUAUUCGGCAGCUUGAAACAGAGCACUUGCAUGGUGAAUUUGUAUGCCUUCAUUUUAGCGUUGAUGUUAAUCGUCAAACUUGUGUUGGUCGUUCUUACCUUCACGUUGGAGCCAGACGUAAUCACGAGCUACCUAAACAUACCGGUUUGGGGUUACACAUACGAUCCCGAAAUACAGGAUGAGAUUGACCGCUUACAAGUAACGCUCAACUGUUGCGGAAGCAAUUCUUACUUGGACUACGUCGGUAUGGAUUUCAAUAGUAAUCAAUCUACGGUUGUAGUAUCAAAUCUGGUCGACGGUGAUAACAUUAUGUUGGUCCUACCGAAGUCUUGCUGCGUUACUAGUGCAGACAUGUUCUGCACGAGAAUGAGAAUCACCAGUUGUAAAGACGCAUUAGCUGAUCUGCUGAUACAGAAUUCUAGCGUUUUGGGAGUUCUUGGUGUUUCUGUUAUGUUUAUACAGUUACUAGGCAUCAUAUUCGCAUUACUCUUGGCCCGCUGUAUUCGCAAAUUGAAGAGUGAGAAAGUUCUCAUGACAUGGAAGAUCAAGGAGCAGAUGAUUCUAGCUCGGCAAGCGAGCGAAAAGAAAGAAGAGAGUGUGUACAUAGACCACCCUGAUUCCAGCACAGCUUAA